AUGUCUUUACUGAGCUCAAUACUCUACUUCCGGCUGUUGCCGAGUACUAAAGCGCCGCUCUCUGGGGACUUGGCGGCUCUGGCACCCGAGUUUGCCUAUCGGCGCUUCCGCGAAACCAAAUGCUCCGUUUACUGGAUUCACGCAGACGACGAAGCCACAUUCGUGCACGACUAUGAAGCGCUUGCAAGAAGAGCUGGUCUUGCAGACACGCUUCAAGGCAAGGAUUUACUCAGGGCUGUACGCGAGUGGAUAGAAGAACAGCCCUGUUGGCUUCUAGUCGUCGAUAAUGCUGACAACCUCGACCUGUUUGGCGUAGGUGAUGCUACGGCAUCUGUACAACGCACGCAAAAGCUGAAAGUGGAGACCUGUUUGGACGACUACAUACCCCGAGCUCCCUUUGGCACCGUGCUUUGGACGAGCCGCGACAAAAAGAUCGUGGGAAGUCUCGUUGGAGCCCGUCGGGGAGUACCAGUUGGCCGCAUGACUAUCGAUGAAGCCACAGCGCUCUUCGAAGUUUCACGAAAUGAAAACGCCAGCGACGACGAAAGAGCAGCUGUAUCUGAGCUUUUGAUACAACUGGACCGACUCGCUCUUGCUGUAUCGCAAGCCGCUGCAUAUAUCCGCAGAGCAUCAACGCCAGUGGCGGAGUAUCGAUCGAGACUCAAGGAAGGGAAGAAGAGGUGGAAAAUCCUGAAGAAAUCCGAACACGACCGAUACCGAAGACGCGAAGCCCCAAACAGCAUCCUCGAAACAUGGACCAUCUCGAUGGACCACUUAAAGCAGGAAAAUCUCCUGGCUUAUAAGCUCCUACUCACCCUUGUCUAUGUCCACAACCAAAAUAUCCCGGAAGCAUUGGUUAGAGCGGUAGCAAAAGCUGGUAAUGACGCAAGGGAAAAGAGCAUGAAUAGUUCGAAUUCAGUCACGGGAAGCGAGAGUGGAUCGGAUGACGAUAGCGAUGCUCUCACUAAUGCAGUGGUUCGCCUGAGGGAGUUUUCGUUCCUGACUAUGCGGAAGCAUCAGUCAGUUGGGCCGACAUACGAGAUGCACAAGCUCGUUCAGGAUGCAGCUCGGUAUAGCAUGAGCCAGGAAUUACGAAAACAGGAGGCCGCGCAUUUCUCCAAGACAGCACUGAUUCUUCUGUCGGACCUCUUCCCACUGCAUAGUUGGAAAGGAUGGGAGCAGACCGAAUUGUGGUUACCGUAUGCGUUGCAGAGCAGUGAGUGGGCUGAAGCUUGUAACGCGGGUGCCGACAAUAAAAUUGCAAGCCUCCUCAGUCGAGUCUCGGUCUACCUCUUCGAACGUGGCCGAUUGAACGAGAACGAGUCGGUACAGAAGAGGGUAUACUCACUGCAACUGAGUAUCCUUGGCAAGAAGCACUCAGCUACUAUUAGCAGCCUGGCUUCGCUCGCAUCAACACAUCAUGCCCAGGGUAGGUACAACGAGGCGGAGAAGACACAGAAAGAAGUGUUGCAACUGAGUCGGAAGAUUUUCGGUGAAAAUCACCCUACUACCCUGAGGAUUUUUGCUCAGCUCACAGUAAGACACUAUGGUCAUAAGAGGACUGCUAGAACAAAAAAGUUCGAGGAAGCGGUACUGCAGUUGAGCCGGGAGAGGUUUGGCAACAGGAAUACCGACACUAUGGGCAGAAUGGGGGAACUCGCGUCAACAUAUUUCGCCCAGGGAAGGUACGACCAGGCUGAGAAGCUCCAGUUGAAAGUACUAUACUUGCAUCAGAAAGUUCUCGGUAGGACACAUCCCAAUGCGGUUAGCUGUAUGGCUUCUCUUGCAUCAACAUACGACAACCUGGGGUAA